GCUGGAGUGACACUAACAUGGCCGCUGCCUGAGCGCCGCCCGCCGCGCCGAGCACCGACACCGGGGAGCCGGCGGCCCCGCUGCCUGCGCCGGCCCUCGGCAGGGGUGCUUCCGUGGCAUCACCUCCAAAGAGAGGUCCUGGUGCAGAGGAGCCCUCUUUGGGUUCGCUACCAGAAGAUGACUCUGCAAAGCUGCUUGCAGAUGAGCAAGCAAGGAGAAAAUUAAGCAAAUAAUCAGGUUGUGCCAAGGAAUAAGCCAAGAAAAAGUUUUUUGCAUCCUAGCAUGGCAAAUGAAGAAGAUGAUCCAAUUAUACAAGAGAUUGACGUGUUCCUGGCCAGAAGUCUACUGGAGAAGCUGUAUCUGUUUCAGUAUCCUAUUCGUCCAGCCUCCAUGACGUACGAUGAUGUUACACAUUUGUCAGCGAAGAUAAAACCAAAGCAGCAAAAGGUUGAACUUGAAAUGGCCAUUGAUACUUUGAAUCCUAACUACUGUCGCAGCAAGGGAGAACAGAUUGCUCUCAAUGUAGAUGGCACGUGUACAGAUGAAACAAGCACCUAUUCCUCGAAGCUGAUGGACAAGCAAACUUUCUGCUCUUCGCAAGCUGCGAGUAAUGUUUCCCGCUAUGCAGCUGCUGUUUAUAAAAAAGGUGAACUUCACCUGACCCCACUACAUGGAAUUCUUCAGCUGAGGCCAAGCUUCACCUACUUGGACAAGGCUGAUGCAAAACACCGAGAAAGAGAAGCUGCUAAUGAAGGUGGUGAUUCAUCCCAGGAUGAAGCUGAAGAUGAUGUUAAGCAAAUUACUGUCCGAUUCUCCCGCCCUGAGACCGAACAAGCUCGUCAACGACGUGUUCAGUCCUAUGAGUUCCUGCAGAAGAGACAAGCGGAAGAGCACUGGGUUCAUCUGCAUUAUUAUGGCUUGAAGGAUAGCCGCUCUGAACACGAGCGCCAGUAUUUAUUUAGUCAAGGUCACGGCCUUGCUGAAAACACGGAAUUAAUUAAAUCUCCCAGUGAAUAUUUAAUGAUGCUGAUGCCUCCAAGCAUAGAGGAAGAGAGUGACAAGCCAAUGGCUCCAAGCAACGUGCUUUCUAUGGCCCAGCUGAGGACUUUACCCCUUGCUGAUCAGAUUAAGAUCCUGAUGAAGAAUGUGAAGGUCAUGCCAUUUGCAAAUCUGAUGAGUUUGCUAGGCUCUGGCACUGACUCUACGGCAGUUCUCCGCUGUAUACAGCAGGUGGCAAUGCUGGUCCAGGGAAACUGGGUGGUGAAGAGUGAUGUCCUCUACCCGAAAGAUACUUCUAGUCCACAUAGUGGAGUCCCUGCAGAAGUGCUCUGUAGAGGGAGAGACUUUGUUAUGUGGAAGUUCACACAGGACCGCUGGGUUGUGAGAAAGGAAGUGGCAGCAGUUACGAAACUUUGCCCGGAAGACGUGAAAGACUUCCUAGAGCACAUGUCUGUGGCAAGAAUAAACAAAGGUUGGGAGUUCAUGCUCCCUUAUGAUGAAGACUUUGUUAAGAAGCAUCCAGAUAUAGUUCAGAGGCAACAUAUGCUGUGGAUGGGCAUUCAGGCCAAAUUAGAAAAGGUCUAUAAUCUCUUAAAGGAGCACUUGACACCAAAGAAACAAGAGGCACAAUCAGCUCAUCCGUUGCUGGUUUCUGGGGAGCAAAGGGUCAAUAUGGCUAAAGCAAAAGUCAAGCAGAACUACGGGCAGCUGGAGAAGGAGUUCCAGAAGCAAAAAACAGAGAUGAAAUCAAACGAUGCCUCAGCCAAGACAGAUGUUUCCAAUAUCCGCAUUAAAGAGGAGCCUCUGAGUGACGAGGAGCCAAUGGACACCUCAGCUUACGAGGGCAUGAACAACGGUGUUGUCAACGGCCUCCAUGUAGAGGAGGAUUCCACGGACGCUUUAAACGGCCACUUGCCUGGAGGCUGCAUUGACCGGGUAGCCCAAGAACUGAAGGCUUUUGUGUCGACAACAUUUAAGAAACAAUUUGUACUCACCCUGAGUGAGCUUAAACGGUUGUUUAACCUUCACUUAGCCAGUCUGCCUCCAGGACAUACGUUGUUCAGUGGCAUUUCGGACAAAAUGUUACAGGACAUGGUGUUGGACACUGGCUGCAAACAGAUUUUGGUGCCUUUUCCUCCGCAGACUGCUGCUUCACCAGAUGAACUAAAGGUCUAUGCACUUUGGGAAGCUGGUGACACUUACGAUCAGCAUCGCCAAGUUUUGCUUGAAAUCUUUUCGAAAAAUUAUCGAGUGCGCAGGAAUGUCAUCCAGAAUCAGUUGAGUCAAGAAUGUGGAGAAGAUCUAAACAAGCAGGAGGUGGAUAGAGUGUUAAAGGACUGCUGUGUGAGCUACGGUGGAAUGUGGUAUCUUAAGGGGACGGUGCAGUCUUGACAGCAGUGGUAGCAGUUUCUUUACUUCAAGUGAUCUCCAGGGUGCAAGAGGAACGGUGCGGCGGGCGGCACACAGUAAUGCCGCGGCCUCAGGAGCACGGGGCAGGAGGGGCAGGGCUGCCCUUGCUGUCCCAGCACACUCACACAUGUGUUUGCAUGGCCGCCCGGGUGCACGAGCAGCCAGGAGGGCAACGUGGGACCCUGUCUGCAGCCUGAUUAAUCUGGGAUUUCUAAUGUAUUUCAAUUCUCGUUCUGUUUCGUUAUAAAAUAAAAAUAAAACCGUAUACUGACACAGACAUGAUGGAAAAUCAUGGUCUAAUACUUUAUUUUGUAAGUAAUGCCAAUAAAUUACAUUUGUUUACAAACAUCCCAGUGUUUGUUAAAUACCUGGGUGCUCACAGGUUGCUCUGAGCAGGGUAGCAGCAGCCCUUGCAGCCCUCUGCAGACAGAGGAGUUGUGGUCAGGGAGGGGGAGCACGGCUGCUGUCCCUGAGCACUGCACUACACUUGUCUGUGGGACCGGCUGUUGGGGAAAGCACCUGCUUUCGGGUGUUUUACUGGUGUGGGGUUGGUUUGAGGGAGUUUUCGCAUUCCUGCAUGCAAAUAUAAUGAGGUAAGUAACCAAGCGCACCCUCUGGGAGGCAGCCAGCCACAGUUACUACAUGGCAACAAUGUAAAAACCUCUAUUUUGUGUAAUUUUUUUAAUAAAAUUUUAUCUUGA